GAGAGCAACACUGUUGCAUUCACAGUCAUAAUCAUUCGGACAGAAAAUGUUGUGAAGGGCUGACGAGCCUUCAAAAGCAAUACUUCUGGAGAAACUGAAGUGUACCCAUGUCAGCAACAGAAUCUCUUUCUGGAGUUGGUCUUGAUUCCUCCACCGAUAAUAUAAUCCAUGAUCCAACAACACCUUCUGUAACAGAACUGGAGAUGAUCCUGGAGGGCAGCAAAGCCCAGCUUAACCAUAUCGAUGAAGUGUGGCCUAACCUCUACAUUGGGGAUUUAGUGAUAGCCCAUGACAAAAAACAAUUAAAGAAGAUGGGGAUCACCCAUGUGUUAAAUGCUGCACAUUCCAAAUGGGGUAGUGUGGGAGAUCAAAUCUUCUAUGGCAAGAAAAUAAAUUACUUUGGUAUAGCAGCUGAUGAUUCCCCAGAUUUUGACCUGAGUGUAUAUUUCUACACUGCAGCUGAACAGAUACAUCAAACACUGAACUCUCCGAAUGUGAAGCUCCUGGUGCAUUGCAUUCUUGGGAUGAGCAGAUCAGCCUCCCUGGUACUGGCAUACCUUAUGAUUCAUCACAACCGCUCUCUGCUCGAUGCAGUAAACCGGCUCAUUUUAUACAGGCCUGUUUCACCCAACCGGGGUUUUCUGGAACAAUUACGCAAAUUAGACAUAAAGCUAAAUGAAGAGAAGAAACUACAGUCCAUCAAAGGUGCCUCAUAUUGCUGAGGACAACCAGCUGAUGCUGUUAUUGCCUCUUGCACAAGGUUUAAAAUAUUUUCUAACUGCAGAGGGAUAUUGCAAUCCUUUUGGGCCGUUUACUGAAGUAAUGUAACUGUAUUAUCUGCGACGUUUUGCACCGCGAAUGUGUCCUGUAAGAUUAAUACAAUAAAAAGAUCACACAGUCCCUAUGAUCUACACAGCUAUUUUCACUUUUGGAGAUAUGCAUUGAUCCACGAUAUUAGCGGCUCUCAUUUCUUAUUCCCCAACACCAGACAAAGUCCGCCCAGGAAAAGCCACACAGUUUUGCAAUCAACUGGACAACACUUGUAUUCUGAUUUCAGUUUUCCUUCAAUUCGAAGUGAGAGUCGACUGCAGUAACUUGCAGGCAAUUUCUCUGAUUGUCCCGUCUUCACUAUUGGACUUCUGAGCCACCUCAUAUUAUCCGUUUGGGACAAAGGGUUAAGAGAUGGUUGUGAUUUUUCAAAUAAACAAAAUUGAAAUACAAUUUAUCAUCAAUGAUUCUGUGUGUACUGACAUCGCAAUAUUAAAGAAAAAGUCAGAAGUUAGGGAAUACUUUGCAUUAUUUGGAUAGCCAUUACCAUUGUUUCAACCGAAUGAUCAUAUUCAUUGUUUAUUAAAGGAAUUUUCUACCUGAAGGAAUAGUUUGUGAUUUUCCAUCACAUCUAAUUUCUCUAAUUGUAACCCUUCCAUAAUAUUUAACACUUUAAAAACAAUUGUUUGUAACUCACAACGUGAUGGAAUAAAGCAUAUCAUUAUGUCA